AGGCGUUUGCCAAAAGUCUGUACGAGAUGAAGCCUGCUGAGUCUGUGAACGGAGAGGUGAGCGGCACCACCUCCCACUCGUCCUACGUCCGUAUGAGCAUCUCCAGCGAGAAGGACGGGCCUGGGGGACAAGAGGACGCGUCCAGCAUCAACCCAGACUCCCUGGCCAUGGUCACAGGCCCACUCGGCAACGUCAGGUUCUCUGUGUUCGCCCUGGGCUCCAAGGCCUACCCCCACUACGCCGCCUUCGGCCACUACGUGGACAAGAUGAUGGGUGAGCUGGGAGCAGAGCGGAUCUUCCCGCUGGGAGAUGGAGAUGAGUUGUGCGGUCAGGAGCAGAGUUUUCGGUCCUGGGCUGAGGGGGUGUUUACGGCGGCGUGUGAGACGUUCUGCCUAGGUGAUGACGUCAACAUUAACGAGGCCACGGGCGCCCUCAACAACAGUGACCACAGCUGGUCACCGAACCGGUUCCGCAUCAUGCCGGUUGACAGCAGCAAGGAUCCGGAUAUCUGCGAAGCGCUGUCAGAGGUACACGGAAAGAGAAUCCUGCCGUGUAUCUUGUCGGAGAGAACUCAUCUACAGAGCCAUGAUUCUGACCGACAGACAAUCCUGGCCAAACUGAACACCCAAGGCGCCUCAGAGCUGAUGUACGUGCCUGGAGAUCACGUGGGCAUCUACCCGGCCAACGCCGCGGAGCUAGUGGACGCCAUCUUGGCUCGCCUGCACAACGCCCCGCCCCCUGAUCAGGUCAUCCGCACUGAGUACCUGCACGAGGUGGCCACGCCUCUAGGUGAGUACAUCAUGGGAUGUACGGACAUAGACAUUAAUGUGAGCGACUCCCUGGCGUACGAAGACUGGAAGUACGAGCAGAGUCCCAACAUGCUCGACGUCCUGGACCAGUUCUCCUCCCUCAAAGUGUCUCCCUCCCUCCUGCUGACCCAGCUGCCCCUGCUGCAACAGCGCUACUACAGCAUCAGCAGCUCGCCACAGAUGUUCCCGGGAGAGAUCCACGCCACCAUCGCUGUCGUCAAGUUCCGCACUCAGAGUCAGUGAUUUGUCUACGACGAGUCCAAGAAGCCGUUCGGUGAGAUGAUCAUGUACUUCGGCUGCCGGAACUCCACCCAGGACAAUAUCUACCGCUCAGACCUGGAGGAGAUGAAGACUUCCGGUGUGUUGUCCGACUACCACGUGGCGCUGUCCAGGGAGAUGAACAUGCCCAAGGU